ACCACUGCGCAGGCGUAGUGCCAACCGGGGGAGGUAUACACCCACUUUUCCGCCACUAAAAACCUCAAAAUCUGCUUUAAAUAAUCAAAUAUUAAUAAAUUGGUGCUUAAUUUAACUGAUAUUAACCAAAGCCAAAAUGUCUCAAGGGGAUGUGACCACGCCAGACGAAUUUGAUCACGAGCACGAUAGCAACUACAGACCCCCACCUGAAAAGACCAUCGAAGAAAUCUUGCAGGCCGACCAAGACGAUGAGAGCUUGAGGAAGUACAAAGAAACCCUGCUGGGACAGGCUCAAACUGGCCCAGUCGUAGUCGAACCAGAUAACCCCAGAAAAGUUAUCGUGAAAAAGCUAGUGCUAGUAGUCACAGAUCGGCCUGAACUCGCUCUCGAUCUUACUGGAGAUCUCUCAAAACUGAAAAAACAGACUUUCAUUAUCAAAGAGGGAGUCUCGUACCGGAUAAGAAUCGAAUUCUUCGUGCAGAGGGAGAUAGUACACGGCCUCAAGUAUUUGCAAAAGACGAGCAAAGUAGGGAUUCCAGUGGACAAAAUGACCCACAUGGUGGGUUCCUACGCACCCAAAACUGAGAUACAGUCAUACACCACACCCCCAGAGGACGCCCCAACGGGGCUGCUAGCCCGCGGAUCCUAUACGGUCCAUUCUUUGUUCACUGAUGAUGAUAAAAACGAGCAUCUCAAGUGGGAGUGGUGCUUCGAAAUCAAAAAAGAUUGGAAAGAUUAAACGCUUUUCUUUAUUUUAACAAGUGGGGCAAGAUAUCAAAAAGUAUUAAUUAAAGAAGUAUUCCCUUGCCGCAAUAAAUUUAUACCUACCUUUUAUAAAUAUAUUUAGACAACCUUUUGAAACUUUUACAAGCCUUUACUGAUGUAUCAGUAUGCCUUAACGUACAAUUUUAUAUCGUUUGCUCAUUAAAACAAUGCCUUGUUACCCAGAAAGUGUGUUUGCUGUUGUAUAUUGCAUUUACUCGUACUGAUUGAGCUUUAGGGUACUUUUAGUUGGUCAAGUGUGUUAUUUGCUACUUAUUUCAAAUAAAAACACCAUAAAAAAAGUAUAAAA